GAGAAACCCAGCUCAGAGAGGUGCGAUGCUCAGUUCCGCACCAUCCCUAUCAAUGCGACAAGGAAGAGACGCGGCUUCAAAAGUAAUGCGAUAUCAAGAGCAAAGUACUCGAUCUACACGUUCCUACCAAAGUUCCUAUACGAGCAGUUCCGGCGAUACGCGAACGUGUUCUUCCUGUUCGUCGCUCUGAUGCAACAAAUCCCUGGCGUCUCUCCCACGGGUCGAUUCGCAACAGCUGUGCCCCUCGUCAUCAUCUUGAUCGUUUCUGCAAUCAGGGAGAUUUUCGAAGAUUUCAAGCGACAUUUAGAAGAUCGUGGAGUCAAUCGGAGCGAGGUCAAAGCUCUGAGACGCGCAACCAAGGAUGGGCCAGCAGUAUGGGUUGACAUCAUGUGGAUGAAGGUCGCCGUCGGAGACUUUCUGAAAAUCACCUCAGGGAAUACUUUCCCCGCAGACAUGAUCUUGCUAUCAUCGAGCGAACCCGACCGCAUGUGCUAUGUGGAAACAGCGAAUCUCGACGGUGAAACCAACCUGAAAGUCCGGCAGGCACCGAAAGAUCUCCCGAUCUGGAUGGACACUCGAGACCUCGGAGAAGUCAGCGGAGUCGUUAAUUGCGAAAAGCCCAAUCGACAUCUAUAUGAAUUCAGUGGAAAUUUCCAAUUGGACGACGAAUUCACCGAGAGAGCGGUACCUGUCGAUAAUGAUGCCAUCCUCUUGCGGGGAGCCACGCUCAAGAAUACGAGCUGGGUUUUUGGUUUCGUGAUCUACACUGGACACGAGUCAAAACUGAUGAUGAACUCGAUGGCACCGCCGUUGAAACGAUCGACGGUGGAUAAAUUGACAAAUGAGCAGAUUAUCAUGAUGUUCAUUAUUCUCAUCACUAUAUCUCUGAUAUCGGCGAUCGCAGCUGAAAUUUGGAUCAGGGGAAAUGAGUUCCUCUCUUUCAUACCGUGGAGGGACGGGACGCCAGUGAACUUCGGUUUCAACUUUCUGACAUUCACCAUUCUAUACAACAAUCUCAUUCCAAUAUCGUUACAAGUCACGUUAGAAGGUGUGCGUUACCUUCAAGCUGGCUACAUAAAUCAAGAUAUCGAGAUGUAUCAUGAAGCAACCGACACUCCGGCAAAAGCGAGGACCUCCAACCUCAACGAGGAACUCGGAGCGGUCAGAUACGUCUUCUCGGACAAAACCGGUACUCUGACCUGCAACGUUAUGAAGUUCAAGCGUUGCUCCAUCGGUGGUCAGAUUUUCGGAGACAUUGAAACCGGCAUGGAUCCGAAGGAGAUAGAAUCGAUUCUCCAGAGAAAGGACCAGCUCUCCGAACAGGUCAGAAGCUUCUUCACCAUAAUGGCACUAUGUCACACGGUGGUGGUCCCGGAGACCGACUCGAGCACAGGCGAACUCGCAUACCAAGCGUCGUCUCCGGAUGAGGCUGCACUGGUGAAGGGUGCGGCGGAAGUGGGUUUCGUCUUCACCACUCGGAAGCCCGCUGAGUGCACGGUGGAAAUUCUCGGCGAAAAGAGCACGUACGAAAUUUUGAACGUAAUAGAUUUCACAUCGAGCAGGAAACGAAUGAGCAUAGUUGUUCGCACGCCCGAGGGUCGCAUCAUCCUGAUGUGCAAAGGAGCCGAGACAAUGAUCUUCGAGCGAUUAUCGGAUCGCAAUGACUCAUCGUUGACUGACGCCGUAUUGUCCGAUCUCGGAAUGUUUGCGACGCAAGGACUGCGCACCCUAUGUUUCGCCGCGACGGAAGUCGACAGCGAAGCAUACGAAACGUGGAGGCACGAAUACAACAAGGCAAGCGCAGCCAUCUUAAACCGGGAAGAAAAGGUCGCCGUCAUAGCCGACCGCAUCGAGCAAAACCUGAUUCUGUUCGGCGCGUCGGCCAUCGAGGACCGUUUACAGGACGGCGUUCCUGAAACUAUAGCCGAUCUUCUCCGCGCUCACAUUAAAGUCUGGGUCCUGACUGGAGACAAGCAGGAGACCGCGAUCAACAUUGGAUACUCCAUGCGACUGUUGACGAACGAUAUCGAUUUGGUGCUCAUCAAUGAGGACACCUUAGAAGCCACUCGGGAGGAAAUUCGCAAUUGUUUGACGGAACGGAGAGAUCCGCUGCGUCACGGACACCCCAUCGGCGUGGUGAUCGAUGGGAAAACGCUUACCCAUGCAUUGCAUGAGGACGUGCUCGCGGAUUUCGUGGAACUCUCCCUGGCUGUCAAGUGCCUCAUCUGCUGUCGCGUAUCGCCCAUACAGAAGGCCGAAAUCGUAAACAUGGUCCGACGGGAAACGGAUGCUAUAACGCUGGCGAUUGGGGAUGGAGCGAACGAUGUGGCCAUGAUACAAGCAGCUCAUGUCGGCGUUGGUAUUUCUGGCAUCGAAGGUCUCCAAGCAGCCUGCUCGUCAGACUAUUCGAUUGCCCAGUUCCGUUUCCUGCGCCGACUUCUUUUCGUGCACGGUGCCUGGAAUAAUGCCCGACUCUGCAAAUUGAUACUGUUCUCGUUCCACAAGAACGUUUGCCUGUACCUAAUCGAGAUGUGGUUCGCCCUCUACUCGGGAUGGUCUGGUCAGACGCUGUUCGAGAGAUGGACGAUCGCUAUGUACAACGUUCUUUUCACGGCACUGCCUCCACUGGCGAUCGGAUUAUUCGACAGAACGUGUAGUGCCGUAUCAAUGAUGGACUUUCCAGAGUUAUAUCGCCGGGAGCAGCAUGAAAUUGACUUCAAUAAGAAAACCUUCUGGGUUUGGAUCGGGAAUUCCGUUUAUCAUUCAUUGGUGCUGUAUUUCCUCUCCAUGUUCAUGAUGACGCAAGACGUUGCUUGGGACAACGGCAAGGAUGGAGGCUAUCUGAUGUUGGGGAACAUGUGCUACACCUAUGUCGUAAUCACAGUUUGUUUCAAAGCUGGUCUUGAAAUCAAUACGUGGUCAUGGCCAGUUUAUGCAGCGAUAUGGGGAUCGAUUGGUCUAUGGUUUUUGGUCCUCCGCAUUUAUUCGAACCUUUGGCCUUGGUCUCCCAUCGGAGCAGAAAUGGCUGGAAUGGAUGUGAUGGUAUGCUCCUCCACAUUGUUUUGGUUCGGCUGUCCUUUCGUUCCCGCCGCAGCAUUGUUGCUGGAUCUGAGCCUCAUAGUGAUCCGUCGGACGACCUGUAAGACUCUGGCGAUGGCGAUUCGAGAAAUCGAAAUUCGCGGCCCCGACCCCGUUCCGGACAGUGCCGUUUUCAAAUGGUAA